AUGUUUAGACAAAUCUUAGUUGACUCACGUGACCGCUGUUUUCAAUAUAUUUUAUGGCGUGCCUCAGAAAGUGAAGAGAUACAUACCUAUCAACUCAAUACUGUUACAUACGGAACAGCAAGUGCACCGUUUCUAGCUGUGAGAAGCCUACACUACUUGGCUGAUGAAUAUGCUUUCGAAUUUCCAAUUGGUUCAAAGUCAUCAUUCUACAUCGAUGAUUUUCUAUGCGGAGCAAACUCAUUAGAUGAAUUGUCAGCAAUAAAAUAUGAAGUCUUUAGUAUUUUGCGAAACGGUUGUAUGGAAGUCGCUAAGUGGCAUUCCAAAAUCGAAACAUUUGUCGACGAUAUCACUAUUAAGGAUUUAAACCUCACUGAUACUUCAAUCACUAAUGCAUUGGGCAUUAUGUGGGAUCAGACGCAAGAUCAAUUUUUGUUUUCAUUUUCACCAAAAGAUCUUCACAAAGGUAACUUAACAAAACGCUCUAUUUUAUCGCUCGCUUCAUCACUAUUUGAUCCACUUGGACUGCUUGCGCCACUACUCAUUAUUGCAAAAAUAAUUUUAAAAGAAUUGUGGCUACUCAAAUUAAAUUGGGAUGAGACAAUACCACAGAAUUUAUACACUGCGUGGGAAAAUUUCCUGAAACAACUAUAUUCACUAUCUUCAAUUGUUAUACCGCGCUUUUGUCUCGGUGUCAACUCACAGGUUAUUCAAUUACUUGGCUUUUGUGACUCAUCCUUAAAAGCCUCCAACACAAAACAUUGUUGUAAAUUUGCUAUGUGCAAAAUCUCGCGUAGCUCCUACGAAGAAAAAGUCGUUGCCGAAACUUGA